UCAUCAGGGCAUCGGUUGGGCUCUGAGGAGGGGUCCGGCCGGGGCAAGAGAGCAGACUGCAGCAGGCGCAAAGCGGGGCGGCGACGCGCCGGAGGCAGCGAUUGACAGCCUUCGCAAGCGUUAUUGCCCUUCCUCGCCCUUAUUCUUGCUAGCGUACAAAAAGAGCCGGCCCGCGCCACAGGCCUGCAAAGGACUCAAGGCAGCGAGGCACCGGGCACCGCCGCGGCGCGCGCGCACGAUGAGCAAGGCCUCGGCCCUCUACGUGCUCCACGAGGCCGCGUCGGGCUACGCGCUCUUUGAUGUGGUUGAGUUGGACGAGGUCGCGUCGCUAACCCCCGAGCUCCAGGCGGCCAUCGCCGACGCGGACGCCUUCAAGCGCAUCUGCAAGCUGAAGGCUUUUAUUGCCUUCAAUUCGGCGGAACAAGCCCUAGAAAACAUCAAUGCCAUCGCCGAGCAUAGUGUCCCUGAUCGAUUGAAGUCGUUCCUCGAGACGAAUCUGCCGCCCGUGUCCUCGAAGAAGAAGAAGAAGGGCCCCGCAUUUAGUUUGGGUGUCGUCGAGCCGGACCUGGGCAAGGCCAUCGCCGAGGCCACGGGCGCCCACUGCCGCUCAGAUGAUGUGGUCCGGGAGUUGCUACGAGGUGCGACGCAGCAUUUGACAAAGUUCGUGCCGGAACUGCAGAACAACCUGCUGGAGCAGGCGCAACUGGGCCUGGGCCACGCCUUCUCGAGAUGCAAAGUGAAAUUCAACCCCGCGCGCGCCGACAACAUGAUCAUCCAGGCCAUCGGUCUGUUAGAUACCUUGGACAAGGACGUGAACACCUUCUCGAUGCGCGUCAAGGAGUGGUACUCGUGGCACUUUCCGGAAUUGAAGGAUUUAGUGAGGGAGAACUACGCGUUCGCUCGUGCCGCUUGCGUCGUGGGCGAUCGGGCGUCCUUUCUUGAAUCUGUAGAUAACGGCGAAAGUGCCAAGGACGACCUCGCGAGUGCCGUGCGCGAUCCUUCUGAUGCGUCCGACGACGGCGUGCAGCUGGCUGAUAGUAUAGUGAAGGCAGCUAGACAAAGCAUGGGCAUGGACUGUUCGGCGGGCGACAUGGCUAAUGUGAUGGCGUUCACGAAAAGAAUGGUGGCUCUCGCUACCUAUAGGGCUGAUCUGUCCAAAUAUUUAGGGGAGAAGAUGCAGGCCGUGGCACCGAACUUAUCUACCUUGGUCGGUGAUAGCGUCGGCGCUCGAUUAAUAGCCAAGGCUGGAAGUCUCGCAUCGCUAGCGAAGUGCCCCGCGUCGACGGUCCAGAUUCUAGGCGCGGAGAAGGCCCUGUUCCGCGCUCUGAAGAAGAAGGGCAACACCCCGAAAUACGGCCUUAUCUAUCAUAGUACAUUCAUCGGCCGGGCCGCGAAGAAGAAUAAAGGCCGGGUCUCGCGCUACCUCGCGAACAAGUGCGCCAUGGCGUCGCGCAUCGACGCUUUUGCGGAUGAAUUGACGGACAAGUACGGCGUCUCGAUGCGCGAGCAGGUCGAGGAGCGGCUCAAGUUCUUCGACUCGGGCGAGACGCCGCGGCGCAACGUCGACGUCAUGCAGGAGGUCGCCGCUGCCUUGAGAGCCGAGCGCGGCGAGGACGUAGAGAUGGCGGACGCUCCGUCUUCCUCGAAGAAAGAGAAGAAGAAGAAGAAGCGCAAGGAGGCGUCGGGCGACGUCGAGCUGAUCAAAGCCAAGAAGAAGAAGAAGAAGAAGUCUGCGGCGUAGUAGG